AAAGAACUACACAACCCAGCGUGUGGUGCUGUCACUUCCGGGGAGUUCUGCGCAUGUCACCAGGGACGCCGCUGACUUUACUUGCAAGGUGGUCUCCCGCCACAACCUCUGAUGCUUCCUGCUGUCCUCCGCUGCGUUCGGCCCGUCUCGACCAGUCUCGCCUUAAGCCGGCCUCUGGCCCACUUCAGCCCACACAUGGAUCCAGACCAGAGCCGGCCCGUUGAGAGGUCUAUAAGAACCAAACUGACCGACAAACUCAAGCCGGGCCACUUAGAGGUCCACAAUGAGAGCCACAUGCACGCCGUGCCGCCCGGCUCCGAAUCCCAUUUCCGUGUCCUGGUUGUCAGCUCGCAGUUUGAGGGCCUGCCGUUGAUACAGCGCCACCGUCUGGUUAAUGAGGCUCUGAAGGAGGAGUUGAGUAGCUGCGUUCAUGCACUGGCCAUCCAGGCAAAGACUCCUGAGCAGUGGGGAAGCAACCCCUCCCUGGCUAAGAGCCCGCCUUGCCUGGGAGGCUCGAGGGGUGAUCACACAGUGGAGGAGAAACUGAAGGCCGGGCGGGAGUGAAGGGAUGUGGACUGUGACGCUUUUGGACUGAACUGUGAAGAAAGCAAGUGAAUUAAGGAGAGGUAUAAAGAUCAAUGCCAUUAAUGUAAUGGCAGUCGGGAUUCUGUUGUAGGUUUAUAUGGUUAUUCUAUCAUAAUAAAUAAGAAUUGUAAACAUUAAAUCAGCAAUGUGUUUCCGCAGUAGAUUUUGUGCAGUCAAACAAAUGUUAUAAAAGCCUGUUUCACUACAGGAGGUCAUAGUUAUUUUGCGCUGUUGCAACGCCGUCAUUGAAUACAAUACAGAGGAAUUAAUGUGAAGACUUUCCACUCCAGUGCUCCUGCUCAUAUCUCUUAGUCUCAUUGAUUUCAGAUUGAUGGUUUAGAGUCAUUUUUAUUGUCAGAAGCCCCUAUUUCCUAAACAAUAAUAACAUUUACCAAGGACCAGAGGUGAAGAUUUGAUGGUUAAGAAUGUUUUUUUCUGCUAGUGAAA